AUAAAAUUCUAUGACAUACAUAAAUGUUCAAUAAGACAAUCAAAAUUUAUCAUGAAUUUGUGUCACAUUCUGUCUUCCAUAAUGAUGGGAUCAACGUUUCACGGAUCAAUGAUUGAAAUGUAAAUAAACACUUUGAUCAGGUACAUUGCACCUGCCAGAACGUAAGUGGACCGAAUCGAGAACAUAUUUAGCCAAAAUGCCAGGUCCCUAUGCCGGGCAUUCUGAUGAUGCAUACCCAGAUGUUUUCAACCUCCCGGCUAUGCCGCCCCAACCAAAGAAGAAAAAACCUGGACAACUAUCCGAAGGAGAGAUAAAACGAUUUUUUGAAGAGGGAUAUGUCGUGGUGAAGGAUUUUUUCUCCCCCAGUGAACUCGAACCCUGUAGAAAGGCUCUAGAAAAGCUUGUAGACGAUGUGGCACACCGUCUUUACAACGCCGGCAAAAUUUCCAGUUUAUACAAUGACUGUGAUCUUUUCCACGAACGACUGCAGAAAAUGGACAAAGAAUGGCCGGGUGCCGCCAUCUUAGUGAUUAAAACACAAGUCUUGCCACAGGCAAUGAAAGAUAUUUGGACAAAUGAGAGAUUGCUAAAUGUAGUUGAACAGUUAAUAGGACCAAAUAUAGCAGGAAAUUGUGUGUUUAACAUGCGUUCUAAACUACCUCAACACGAGCCCACAGUCGUUCCUUGGCACCAAGAUAACGCCUAUUUUGACCAUGACGCUUACAAACAGUUGAUACCGACAGCGUGGAUACCGUUUGUUGACGCCAACGAGAAGAAUGGAUGUCUUCAGUUUCUACGUCGUGGACAAAAGAGCGGACGUACGGCUGAUCACACGUGCUGUUGGCAGGGAACCUGGUACGUCAUGUUAGAGGAAGAGGAAAUGACGAAGUCACUAGGAGUUAACAUGGAGAAAGAUCUCCGUCUGGUUGAGGUUCCAUAUGGUGGCAUGGUGUUAUUUAGCAACGCAAUACCUCAUCAAAGUUUACCUAAUGUGUCUAACGAGAUCCGAUGGUCGAUGGAUCUUAGAUGGCAAGAUGCCAAUAAACCGUCAGCCUUCCAUGGACUGAAAGAAGCAGUUGUGUUCCGAACAGAAAAGGAUCCUAAUUACGUAAUUGACUGGGAAUCCUUUGACGCAGUAGAUCGAACUGAUGUCCAGUUGAAAGCUGUAGAAGAUAUCCGGGAGGACAAACCAGAAGAAGGAUUUGAUACGCUGAUAUCUGGUCCUUGGAUGAAAAUGUGGGAGGUCACCAAUACAAACAGACAUGUGGUUAUCUAAAGCCUACUACAUGUAUCGAAGUCAAAGUUUAUUGUUAACCGCCUAAAUACAUGCAUUUCAAUCGCAAAAAUUUAUUCACUUGCUUCUAAAUGUAUGAACAUGUUCUAAAUUACUAGAAUUGACUAUUUUUGUAUUUUUUCAGCAAAAUUUAUAUAUAUUAAAUUAUUGCUAAAUUAUUGCUAAAUAUUUUUUAGAAACGGUAUAUGGAACUGUAUAUAUUGUAAAAUGCUAUAUUUUUACAUAAUAAAUCACAGUCGAUUCAUA